AUGGCACUCACGUACAAGGAGUCAAGGCUGGUCAAGGACACCAUUCCGGCUCUGCGGGAGCACGGUGAGCGCAUCACGACCAUCUUCUACAAGAACAUGUUACGCGACAAUCCCGAGCUCAACAACUACUUCAACAGUGUCAACCAGAAAAAUGGCCGGCAACCGAGGGCUUUGACGUCCGUCAUCCUUAACUUUGCGUCCAACAUCACCAACAUCGCCGAGCUGAUUCCCAAGUUCGAGCGCAUGUGCAACAAACACUGCUCGCUCGGCAUCCAGCCCGAACACUACGAGAUUGUUGGGAAAUAUCUCAUUCGGGCUUUCGGCGAGGUCUUGGGGCCGGCCAUGACGCCGGCGGUACGCGCUGCCUGGGAGAAGGCUUACUGGCUACUGGCCAAGAUGCUGAUGGGCCGGGAGGCGCAGUUGUACAGGGAGUUUGACGAUUGGAAGUCGUGGCGCAAGUUCAAGAUCGACAGGGUGGUUCCCGAGUCGGAAGACAUCUACUCGUUCUACUUGGUGCCCCAGGACGGCAAGAAAUUGCCGGAAUUCCUACCGGGCCAGUACGUCUCGGUGCGGAUCCAGGGGCCAGAGGGCUACCUUCAGUCCCGCCAGUACUCGCUCAGCGAAGCCUGGAGAGAAGACUACUACCGCAUCAGCGUCAAGCGCGACGAAGGUUCGCAGUUCUCCAACUCGGUUUCAAGGUCGUACCUGCACCCGGGCGUCGUGUCCAACAUACUCAUCGACCGCAUGCCUGCCGGAUCAGUGGUGGAACUGUCGCAUCCGUGUGGUGAAUUCUUCCUUGACAUCAACAACGGCAGCAGCACCAUGCCCCUGGUGUUGAUAUCGGCCGGCGUGGGCGUUACGCCCAUGGUCUGCAUAGCCAACACCGUCACCAAGCAGCAGCCAGGGCGGCCCAUCUCAUGGAUCCACGGUUCGCGGUCGUCGGUGCCCUUCCAGGACCACAUUGCUCAGAUGCGGCGAAGUAACGCCAAUUUCCGCAUCAACAUCUUCAAGACGCAACUCGCCGACAGGGAUAUUGUCGGCGUCACGUACAAUUACGAUUUCCGCAUGGACCUGGCCAAGGUCGACCCGGAGGACUUGUUUCUGCAGAACAGCAGCACAGAGUACUACAUUUGCGGGCCCGAGCAGUUCAUGCUUGAGAUGUCCGACUACUUAAAAGCCCAGGGCGUGCCGGCGGCUCGCGUCAAGUUUGAGCUCUUCUCGACCGGUGACCUGGCGUUUCAACAUCAAUGA